AUGAGCUCUCUGCUGUCAGAUGAGCCGCUGUCACUGACACUUCUGAAGCACGAGUUGGAGCGGCUCACUCCGCAGCACAGCGCGCUUCAAAGCGGCGCAGAGGAGGACCGCGCCGCCGCCCACCUUUGUAACAAGAUUGUGUCGUCGUCGUCGAAGCUCGCGUCCAGCAGCGACGCUAUUGCCUCGAAAGAAGCGGCGGAGGCGUUCAUGACCACUUCGUCGGACAUCCUCACCUCGAUGCAUCGCCUGAUCCUUCUGACUUCCAAAGUUCACGAGAACGGGAAAGAAGAUACCGAUGGCGGCAAAGGUCCUGCCGGGGACGCAGCCGCGUCGCUGCAUCCGCAGCUUUCGCGGUGCACGGGGGCGUGGGCGAAGUGGAUGGUGUACGUGCCAUGUUUGCCGCAUUUCUAUGCGAGCUGCAUAGCCGUGCGCCUACCCGCCCUCCUUGCCUCCGUGAGCGCCCGUGGAUCAUCCCACGUCUGGGGCAGUUUCUUUGGCGAAACAGCAGAGUGUACGCUUCAACUUCUCCUUCGCGCCUCGCGGACGCUCCCACCAGAGGUGCUGGGACGCUACCUCCCCCCUCGCUCGCUGCAGCCGCCGUGGAAGGUGCUGGUGACCUGUGCGCAGUUCUCGUGGGCGUCGAACCGGCUUUGUGGUGUACUCGAAUCGGAGGGGUAUACUACGCCCUCCAGCAGCAAUGGAGCUGCAGUGCACGACCAGCUUCAAAGAGCAAGUGUCAAUCCAGUGUUUUUUGAGGUGCAGGAGCGUGUUGAGCUGGCGCACGCAGACCAAUUCGCCCGUGACGUCCUUCUUUUUUCGUACGACUCCGUGAAUUGGAAAGCUGGCAACGCCGUGCCGACCGUUAAGUCGGUGGCUCCGUCCAUGUGGUGCCUCUUCCUGCGCUGUCGCAGCCUCGCUUUGCACGGCUUGACGGAGCAACGACAAGACGCCCCCUCCCUUUCUUUUUUUCAAGAUGGUGUUGCCCGCCGCCUGACGGCGCGUGUGCUGCAGCGCUCCAUUGACGGCAUUCGCUCGUGUUUGGCGAGGAAUGCGACGGACAUGCACGCAGACCGGGUAGAGCAGCUGACGACACGCGACGUGCCCUGCGUUGUCCUGAUCACUCGUCUGUGGUACCUGUACCUGCAGCCCUACCCCACUCUCUUGAAGACCCUUCACGCCUCGUUGGUGCGGUUGGUGAACACAGCUGUGGAGCUGCGCAACCCUCUGACGAUAGAGGAGAUAAGCAUUGGUGUGGGCGCGCACGUAGAUGAGGAGCUCGACGAGCAUGCACGGCACGUGGAGGCAGAGGAACACGAGCAAGCGAAAAGAGAAGCAGCGCGAGCAAACUGCUUUCUUGAUGUUGUGUGGGACGUGGAGCCACUGCAAGAGUACGAGGUAUUGUUGGAUGUUGCCGGCGUUCCAUGGAGUCCCUCCUUCUCACGUGCGGCAGCGAUACAAGCCGUUCUGGACGAGCGCGUUGUGGUGACGACGGUAGAGUAA